UCCGCUUUUACAUUGAAGUCGGUGGAGUGACGCAAAAUUGCAGAGUUCCAUGAGCAGAACUCCAAACCCACUCACAAAUCCUCCUUCAAACCCUCAAAUCCUCUCCCUCUUCAACCCCUGCAAAACCCUGAGACAUCUCAAACAACUCCAUGCCCAGAUCAUCACCCACCAUAACUCUCCUUUUCAACUCUCUGCCUUGGCCUCUCUCUCUGCCCUUUCCCCAUUUCCAACGUUCCUGGCCUAUGCCAAGACCAUCUUCCACCACCUCCAAAACCCACCUCCCUCACUCUACAACUCCCUCAUCAGAGCCCUCUCCUCAAGUAAAACCCCACUUGAAGCACUCCCAUUGUACCACACUAUGCUCCAAAGUGGCCUAAAGCCUGAUCACAUGAUGUACCCUUUUGUUAUAAAAGCUUGUAAUGAGUCAUCCGUGACUUGGUUUGGGUUAUUGGUUCAUACCCAUGUUGUUAAAAGUGGUUUUGAGUGCGAUUCUUAUAUUGUCAGCUCUUUGAUUCAUUUAUAUGCAAAUGGGAAAGAUUUGGGUGCUGCUAAGCAGCUUUUUAAUCUGUGUUCUGACAGAGAUGUGGUUUCUUGGAAUGCAAUGAUUGAUGGGUAUGUUAAGCAUGUUGAAAUGGGGCAUGCUCGGAUGGUGUUUGAUAGGAUGGUGUGUAGGGACGUGAUUUCUUGGAAUACUAUGAUCAAUGGCUAUGCAAUUGUUGGGAAGAUUGACGAAGCUAAGAGACUGUUUGAUGAAAUGCCUGAAAGAAAUCUGGUAUCUUGGAAUUCCAUGUUGGCUGGGUUUGUCAAAUGCGGGAAUGUGGAGGACGCUUUUGGGCUGUUCAGCGAGAUGCCUUGUAGGGAUGUAGUGUCAUGGAACUCCAUGUUGGCGUGCUACGCGCAGUGUGGGAAGCUGAAUGAGGCCCUGGCACUUUUUGAUCAAAUGCGGGCUGUGGGCGUAAAGCCAACUGAAGCAACUGUUGUCAGCCUCUUAUUGGCUUGUGCCCAUUUGGGCGCUUUGGAUAAGGGUUUGCAUUUGCAUACUUAUAUCAAUGAUAACAGAAUUGAGGUCAAUUCCAUUGUUGGUACUGCACUUGUGGACAUGUAUGCGAAAUGUGGAAAAAUUUCCCUUGCCACGCAAGUUUUUAAUGCAAUGGAGUCCAAAGAUGUUCUAGCUUGGAACACAAUCAUAGCAGGCAUGGCCAUACACGGCAAUGUCAAAGAAGCCCAACAGCUUUUCAAGGAGAUGAAAGACGCAGGUGUUGAACCAAAUGACAUAACCUUUGUAGCUAUGCUCGGUGCCUGUAGCCAUGCUGGAAUGGUGGAUGAAGGUCAAAAACUCUUAGACUGCAUGAGCAGCAGUUAUGGGAUUGAACCAAAGAUUGAGCAUUAUGGUUGUGUUAUUGAUCUCCUUGCCUGUGCAGGGUUCUUGGAGGAGGCUAUGGAACUUAUAGGGACUAUGCCCAUGGAGCCCAACCCAAGCGCGUUGGGGGCAUUGCUUGGAGGCUGCAGGAUCCAUGGCAACUUUGAGCUGGGUGAGAUGGUGGGAAAACGCCUCAUCAACCUUCAGCCAUGCCACAGUGGCCGCUACAUCCUCCUCUCAAACAUAUAUGCAGCAGCAAAAAAAUGGGACGAUGCAAGAAAAGUGAGGAACCUUAUGAAGGUCAACGGCAUUUCCAAGGUGCCAGGAGUGAGCGUGAUUGAGCUGAAAGGCAUGGUGCAUCGAUUUGUGGCUGGUGAUUGGUCACACCCGGAAUCAAACAAGAUAUAUGAGAAGUUGAAUGAGAUACACACAAGGCUGAAGAGUGCAAUUGGGUAUUCAGCAGAUACCGGGAAUGUGUUGUUGGACAUGGAAGAGGAAGAUAAAGAACAUGCUCUAGCUGUUCAUAGUGAGAAGCUGGCCAUUGCUUAUGGGCUACUACACUUGGAUUCAAAAGAAGCCAUUAGGAUUGUGAAGAACCUUAGGGUUUGCAGAGAUUGUCACCAUGUCAUCAAGCUGAUUUCAAAGGUUUAUGGGCGAGAAAUUAUUGUAAGGGAUCGGAAUCGGUUUCAUCAUUUUGAAGAUGGUGAAUGUUCCUGUCUUGAUUUUUGGUAGUGUCCGUGUUAAAUAUUAAAUAUGGGUUUAUUUAUUUUAA